AUGGUAUCUCCCUCCGCCCAAGGUCCAAGACAAGGCCUUCUUGAAUUCACCUUGAUCAACAGCGCAGUUGAAGUUGCUAUCGCGUGCAGUGCUAAGAACUCGAAUUCUUUCGCCAUUUUCAACCCCUCUACCAGUUAUGAAUGCGACUUCGCGCCUACUGGAGGAGAAGUGAGAGACGACGACUGGUGCUGGGCAGAUAGUGCGACUUUGAAUUUUGAUACGACAGUGCCGAAGGUCUACAACUUGACUGUAAAAAUGAGCUGGUCGUGUGAGAACGAAGGCGUCUACGCUCUAUCCACCUGGAGUCUCCUUGAUCUUGACUGUGGGAGCUGGUCAUGCGAAAACGAAAUGUGGCCCAAAUAUAAUGUGUGUUCCAACUCUAGUACGCUAUGUAUGCCAGGUAGCCUGAAUUUUCUAAGCGCCGGUGUGAAUGUGCUGAAGUUGGAUUGA